AUGAAGGAGGAUUGUGAAUGCGGUGAAGAAGCGGAGAAGAAUCGGAGUAAAGCAAUAGUGCCGAUGGAAGAGGAGGGGUGGAAGGGGAAGAGAGCCUCCUCCGAGCCACGUCCAUGCACGGAGUGCGGCAAGAGGUUCUGGUCGUGGAAGGCACUCUUCGGUCACAUGCGAUGCCACCCUGAGCGUCAGUGGAGAGGGAUCAACCCUCCUCCAAACGCAAGAAGACAUCAUCAUCAGCAGCAGCGGCAGCAGCAGCAACGACAACCGCAGCAACAGAUGACGAUGAUAAUGACCCAGGAAGACCACGAGGUGGCUGCGUGUUUGCUUCUGCUGGCGAAUUCAAACAACAACAGAGAGAAAGGGAAAGAGAAAGGGAAAGAGAAAGAGAAGGAGGAAGAGGUUCAGCAGUGGCAGUUCGAGUGCUCCAGUUGCAACAGGGUGUUCGGAUCGCACCAGGCUCUGGGGGGGCACCGCGCGAGUCACAAGAACGUGAAGGGGUGUUUUGCGAACACCGGUAAUGUAAGCAUAGGGUUAGGCAUUGGAAGUAGCGGGAAGUGUGAGGAGGAGAACGUUAACAUGAGUGGUGAUGGGCACAAGUGCAGCAUAUGCUUGAGGGUGUUCUCCACAGGGCAAGCACUUGGUGGGCACAAGAGGUGUCAUUGGGAGAAUCAGAAAGCCGAAAACCUUCUCCUCCUUGACUUACCUAAGUCCUCCCUCGACUUGAAUUCUCCUCCUCUCACUCUCGAUUUGAGGUUGGGACUCUAG